AUGCCUCGUCCUCGAUCAGAAGCAGCAGCAUAUAAGCUUCUAGCUCCGCUGCAGCGGCUGCACUGCCCUCCUUCUCAUGGUUUGCUGCUGCGGCUGCUGUCUGUACACUCGGAGGCAGCAGCAAGAUGUAAAUUACUCAGGGAAUGGAGAUCCUUAGGUCUACAAACCCUACAGGCUGUCAGGGCGUAUGAGGAAGAAAAGGCAGAAAGAUCACGCCGAGUGUCUCCGCAGGUUUUUCUUGCUGCAGUGACUCGAGAGAGGCAGCAGCAGCAGCAACAGCAGCAACAGCAACAGCAGCAGCAACAGCAGCAAUUGCAGCACCAUGUACAGCAGCAGCAGCAGCAGCAGCAGGCAGACCUGCGCCAGACUGAUGAAGCAAAGCUAUCAAAGCCACCACAGGGUUCGACUGCAGCAGGAGCAGCAGCAGCAGCAGCAACUGCAGCAGAUGCAACAGCAGCAGCACCGGACAUGACAGCAGCAGCAGGGGAUACAGCUGCACCAGCAGGAGAUGCCAACGCACAGCCUGCAGCAGCAACAGCAGCAGCAACAGCAGCGGAUGCAGAAGCAUCGGCAGCGGACGACUCUUCUGCUGCUGCAUCCAAGCCCAACAGCAGCAGCAGCAGCAUCAGCAGCAGCGAACCAAAGGAGCAAGAGCAGCAGCAGCAGCAGCAGCAGCAGCAGCAAGAGAAGCGCGAUUUACCAUCUGCUGCUGCUGACAGCAGCAGCGAAUCACCAACCAACAAAAACAACAACCCCACCCCCACGACCGCCACAACCACCGCCAUCAACAGCAGCAACAGCAGCAACAGCAGCAGCAGCAGCAGCAGCAGCAGCAGCAGCAGCAAGACAGAUGAGGUCCAACUAGAGGCCCAGCUGUGGAAUUUUGACGUUCAAUUGAAUGUGCAGCAGCAGCAAGUGCAACCGCAGCAGCAGCAGCAGCAGCAGCAGCAGCAGCAACAGCCGCAGCCACAACCGCAGCCGCAACCGCAGCAGCAACAGCAACAACUGCAGCAGUUGCACCUGCAACAGCAGCAGCAGCAAUUGCAACUGCAGCGGCAGCUGCAUGCACCAUUCGCAGCAGCAGAAGCUGCUGGCUUCCAGGCAGCACGGGCUAACCCGCUGCUGCUGCAGCACCAUCAGCUGCAGCAACAGCUGCAGCUGCAACAGCAGCAGUUGCAGCAACAGCAACAGCUGCAGCAACAGCAGCACGCAUUAGCCUUAGCGGAUCCGUCUGUGCUGUCAGCAGCAGGAGGAGCAGCAGCAAAGACACCAGCAAAGAGGAAGCAUUCGCGAGGCAGCGGCUCAACAGCAGCAGCAGCAACAACAGCAGCAGCAACAACAACAGCAGCAGCAGCAGCAGCAAACAGAGACAUGCACUUCAGUUGGCUUGCUGCACAACUGCCAAAGGUCAAGGGAAUUGUUUAUGAUGCUGCUGCUGCUGCUUGGACAGUGCGUCUAGAGCCGCAGCAGCAGCAGCAACAGCAACAGCAGCAGCAGCAACAGCAACAACAGGAACAAACACAGCAGCAGAAGUCCCAGCAGCAGCAACAACAGCAGAAGCAGGAUGACGGGGCAGCAGCAACUGCAGCGACUCGCGGCUCUUCUGAAACAUCAGCAGCAACUGAUGCUCCAACCAGCAGCAGCAGCAGCAGCACCAGCACCAGCAGCAGCAGCAGCAGCAGCAGCAGCAGCAGCGGGACAGUUCAUUCCUUUAGUGUAGGUUUGUAUGGAUUUGAGGGGGCAUGGCAGCGUGCAUGCGAAUUUAAGAAGGCAGCAGCAACAGCAGCAGGAGCAUUAGAUGUUGCUGCUGCUGUUCAAGCUGCUGCUGAUGCUGCUGCUGCACUACGUGCGCAUGUAGACUUAUCUGCAGAGGCUGCAUGCAGCAGCAGCUCGCCGCCUUCUCUUGCAGCAGCAGCAGCAGCAGCGGCAGCGGCGGCAGCAGCAAGCGGCAGCAGCAACUACUUGCUGUCCUCCAAACGUCUACGCCUCGAUAACAGCAGCAGCAGCAGCAGCAGCAGCAUCUUCCAGCAGCUCCCUUCAGCAGCAGCAGCAACAGGGGUACCGGACAACUCUGACGCGGCAGCAGCAGCAGCAGCAGCCGCUGCUGCUGCUGCUGCUCUUAGGAGACAGUCAUCCACAGCAUUGCUGCAGAAACAACCGUCAUCGUUUCUGCAGCCCCCAUCAGCAGCAGCAGCGGCGGCAGCAGCAGCAGCUGCUGCUGCUGCUACAGGAGGGGGUGCUUUCUUUGGGCCAUUCCUCCCUAGUGUAGCAGAGCAACAGCGUGCAGCAGCAGCAGCAGCGGCUGCAGCAGCAGCAGCUGCGCCCGAUGCGCAGCAGCGCGUUGCAGCAGCUGCGGCACAGCAGCAGCAGAGGUUUGCUGCAGCGCAGCAGCAACAGCUGCCGCUAAAUCUGCGUCAGCAGCUGCACCAGCAGCAAUUGCUGUUGCUGCAGCAGCAACUGCAGCAGCAGCAGAUGUUGCUGCAGAAACAGCAGCUACAGAUGCGACUGCAGCACGAUAUAGCAGCAGCAGGCAGUGACGGGGCGCAGCACGAGCUCCAGCAGCAGCAGCAACUGCACUUGCUGCAGCAACAGCAGCAGCAGAUGCAGCAGCAGCAGCAGCUGCACUUGCUGCAGCAGCAGCAGCCAUGGCUCAUGUUGCAGCCGAAUACUUUCUCCGCAGGUGCGCAGCAGCAGCUGCUGCUGCAUCCACUGCUGCAGCUGCAGCAGCAGCAGCUGCUGCAGCAGCAACACACAGUGCAACAGCAGCAGGCACGACAGCAGCAAACGCUGCAGCAGCAGCCUCUGCAGCAACAGCCGCAGCAAGAUGCCUCUCAGGCACUGCUGCUGCGCCGGAUGCCGCAGCAGCAGCAACAACAGCAAAAACAGUCGCAGCAGCAGCAGCAGCAGCAGCAGCAGCAAUAG